AAGGCUUAUACAACACUACUGCUGGUGCUGGAGUCUAGAGCUCAGUUCGUUGUUUGGGGUUUUGGCGCCGUCGUUGUUUUUCGCCGAUUUUUACUUCACCGGACGUUAGGGUUUCCGAUCGAACUACCCUUUGAGAGCAAUGGAAGAGCACGCCGGGGGUUCGGCUCCUGCGUCUGAGUCCAUUAUGGAAAAGAUAACGGAGAAGCUUCGUCUUGGCCACGAUUCGUCGUCGUCGUCUGAUUCAGACAACGAGGAAUCGUCGCCGUCGGCCGUCACGGCGGCGGUUUACCGGCUCUUUGGGAGGCAGAAGCCUGUGCACAAGGUCUUUGGUGGAGGAAAACCUGCCGAUGUUUUCUUGUGGAGGAACAAGAAGAUUUCUGCCGGUGUGCUUGGUGGAGCAACUGCGACGUGGGUUCUCUUCGAGUUGCUGGAAUACCAUCUGCUGACUUUAGUAUGCCAUUGCCUGAUAGUCUCCUUGGCUGUGCUGUUCCUUUAUUCCAACGCCAUCGCAUUUAUGCACAAGACGCCACCACGCAUCCCAGAAGUUUAUAUUCCUGAGGAUCCAGUUCUGCAGUUUGCUUCCGCUUUGAGAAUCGAGAUCAACCGAGCUUUUGCAGUCCUCCGAGAUAUUGCAUCAGGAAGAGAUCUGAAGAAGUUUCUCGCUGUCAUCGCUGGUCUUUGGGUUCUAUCAAUUGUGGGGAGUUGGUGCAACUUCUUGACUUUGUUUUACAUAGCUUUUGUUUUGCUCCACACUGUACCUGUACUCUAUGAGAAAUACGAGGAUCAGGUUGAUUCCUUCGCGGAGAAGGCAAUGGCAGAGAUCAAGAAGCAAUAUGUAAUAUUUGAUGCCAAGGUUCUAAGUAAAAUCCCAAAGGGACCAUUGAAAGACAAGAAACAUGCAUAGGGAGGAAGCUGAGAUGUUCUAGUCAUUUGUAGGUUCAGACAUUUGGGUAGCUUUGGUUUUUUUCAUGGUGAUGAUGUGACUCUUAUAUCCAUUAUUGGUUUGAACCCUAUGUUUUUGUUUAUGUUUUCUAAUGCUUUUUGGGUUCCCAAGUUGGAUGAGAAUGGUGUUUCAAGGAUUGGUUCAAUCUUUAGAUCUUGAUCUGCUUGCAUUAUCUACAUGUAUGGGAGCAUUUGCAUGGUUGUCCUUGUCAUGAGCCAAUCUGGUGAUGAUAUUGAUAUAUUGCCUUGUAAAUGGUUUUCCUACUUUGUUUCUUUAUCUGUUUAAAACAUUAAUUCCUAUUUGUAUUACUUGCAACAAGAGGGUUAUUACCUGACUCUCUGUGACAUAGGGUAUGUGUAUUUUGCUUCGGCCA